AUUUUGCUGUGGAGCUGCGAUAGGGGAGGAGGCGGAGGCGAGGGCUGGGGAGACAGAGCCUGAAGCCGGCGUCGGCAGAAGAGGCUGCGGGUUGGGCUGGGGCGGCCCGGUUGGAAGAUUACGAGCGGAGCUUCGGGCAUUUGCGGUCGCCCGCCCUGGAGACUCGGAGCUAGAGCUGAGGGAGAGCGGGAGAAGAGGGGAGGGGGGCGGCGGCGGCCUUGGACUGGGGACUGAGCACCGGAGCUGGACGCGGAUCUCCCCUCCCCGCCCCCUGCACCAUGAGCUGGGGCACCGAGCUGUGGGAUCAAUUUGACAACUUAGAAAAACAUACACAGUGGGGAAUUGAUAUUCUAGAGAAAUAUAUCAAAUUUGUCAAGGAACGGACAGAGAUUGAAAUCAGCUAUGCAAAACAACUUAGGAAUCUGUCAAAGAAAUAUCAACCCAAAAGGAAUUCAAAGGAAGAGGAAGAAUACAAGUAUACAUCAUGUAAAGCUUUCAUUUCCACUUUGAAUGAAAUGAAUGAUUAUGCAGGGCAACAUGAAGUUAUUUCAGAGAACAUGACCUCACAGAUAACUGUGGAGUUAACUCGAUAUGUGCAGGAACUAAAGCAGGAAAGGAAAUCGCAUUUUCAUGAUGGUCGGAAAGCCCAACAGCACAUUGAAACUUGCUGGAAACAACUUGAAUCAAGUAAACGACGAUUUGAGAGAGAUUGCAAAGAAGCUGACAGAGCACAACAGUAUUUUGAAAAAAUGGAUGCUGACAUUAAUGUUACAAAAGCAGAUGUUGAAAAGGCACGGCAACAAGCUCAAUUACGGCAUCAAAUGGCAGAGGAUAGCAAGGCAGAUUACUCAUCCACUCUUCAGAAAUUUAACCAUGAACAGCAUGAACAUUAUUAUACUCACAUACCAAGCAUCUUCCAGAAAAUACAAGAGAUGGAUGAAAGGAGGAUAGUCAGAAUUGGUGAAUCAAUGAAAACUUAUGCUGAGGUGGAUCGCCAAGUGAUACCAAUCAUUGGGAAAUGUCUGGAUGGUAUAGCAAAGGCAGCUGAAUCUAUUGAUCAAAAAAAUGACUCACAGUUGGUAAUAGAAGCCUACAAAUCAGGGUUUGAACCUCCUGGAGACAUUGAAUUUGAGGAUUAUACUCAGCCAAUGAAGCGUACUAUAUCUGAAACUAGUCUUUCAAAUUCCAGAGGGGACAGCAAAACAGAGCUCAAAUUUGCUGGCAAGUCCAAGGGAAAAUUGUGGCCCUUCAUCAAAAAAAAUAAGUCUCCCAAGCAGCAAAAGGAGCCCCUCUCCCAUCGCUUCAACGAGUUCAUGACCUCCAAACCCAAAAUCCACUGCUUCAGGAGUCUAAAGCGUGGGCUUUCUCUCAAGCUGGGUGCAGGACCAGAGGACUUCAGCAAUCUUCCACCAGAACAAAGAAGAAAAAAGCUGCAGCAGAAAGUUGAUGAAUUAAAUAAAGAAAUCCAAAAGGAGAUGGAUCAAAGAGAUGCCAUAACAAAAAUGAAAGAUGUCUAUGUAAAGAAUCCACAAAUGGGAGACCCAGGCAGCUUGGAUCACAAGUUGAUAGAAGUUGGGCAAAAUAUUGAAAAACUCCGACUAGAGGUCCAGAAAUUUGAGGCCUGGCUCACUGAGGUUGAAGGCAGACUCCCUGUCCGAGGGGAUCAAGCCCGACGACAGAGUGGAAUGUAUGAAGCACAGACUGCAACAUCAGUCAAUAAUUGUGCACAGGACCGGGAGAGCAGCCCAGAUGGCAGUUACACAGAGGAACAGGGUCAGGAGAAUGAACUGAAGAUGAUGGCCACAGACUUUGAUGACGAGUUUGAUGAUGAAGAGCCUCUUCCUACCAUAGGAACCUGUAAAGCACUGUAUACAUUUGAAGGUCAGAAUGAAGGAACUAUUUCAAUAGCUGAAGGAGAAAUAUUAUAUGUCAUAGAGGAGGAUAAAGGUGAUGGCUGGACGCGAAUUCGGAGAAACGAAGAUGAAGAAGGUUAUGUCCCCACUUCGUACGUCGAAGUCUAUUUGGACAAAAAUGCCAAAGGUGCUAUGACUUACAUUUAAUACCAUUUAAUUUUUUUUUUAGUUGGAGUUUCUCCUUCCCCAUCUGUGACUGUUUCAGGUAGAACUUCUCUAAGAACUAGAUAAAUUCCUCGGUGUUCAUUUUUUUCCACAUAGUUACACAAUGGAUUCAUGAACUGUACAACUGACUUUUUGUUGAUUUUAUUUGAUAGUAAGUUUUUCUUACUAAGAUGAAAUACCCAUGUGGAGAGCUCAUUGAACUGCCAAUAUAUACAUAUGUCCUCAUUUGAAAUAUAAGUAAAUGUCAUUUAUUUUUGUAGUAUCUGUAGAUAACAAGAAAGUUGCAGUCCAGCUUCUAUUAAAAUACUUCAUUGUAAUUGUAUCUAACUGAAUCAAGCCCAGUUCUUAGGUAUACCUAAUAAGAUGCACUGAUAACUGAUAACGAUUUGGGAGCCAUUUUUGAGAUUCUUUAUUUGUCCUUUUCACUAGUUUCUCAGACUUAGAUUUUUAAAAAUUGAACUUGAAAAUGAUAUACUCAUCCUCUGCCUGCACACAGUCAAGAAAUUCACGUUUCUUUUAGUUUGUUAAGAAAUAUAAGCAUUUUGGCUCAUUUUACAAAAUAAAGCUCUUUACAAAUAGAUAUUAAUGCAUGUUAUGUUACUUAAACCUAGCAAAAAUGGGGUGAAUUAAAAUCAUAAAACCCUUCGAUGUUAGAGCUGGAAGGGACCUUAGAAAUUGUCUCGUUUCAGCUAUUCAUUUUACAGAUGAGGAAACUUUAGGCCCAGAAUGUAUUGAUGUUGUCUUUCACUGAAGUCUUUGGGUUUUUUUAAUAGAUUUAUUUUUUAUUUUUAGUUUACAACAUUCAGUUACACAAGUUUUUGAGUUCCAAAUUUUCUCUCCCUCUCUCCUCCUCUUCCCCCCGCCCAACCAAGAUGGCAUGUAAUCCAAUGUAGGUUCUACACAUACCUUCAAAUUGAACUUAUUUACAUAAUAGUCCAGUUGUAAAGAAGAAUUAUAAGCAAUGGAAUGAAUCAUGAGU